GAAACUGCGGAAAUAAAUACUAAACUACAAUAAGUUCAACUUAUCUAUUACUUAUUAGUCAUAAGCUAACCUUAUUGCGAUAGACUUAUUGUUGAUGUUUUUGUUUAUCUGCGGUAGUCAGUAUUCUGAAAUUUACUGAGUACCAUUUAUGAAUUGUUGGUUUUGAUUUAACAAACAUCUGACAAGGUUACUUCUACGUUUUAUAUUAUUACUAUUAUGUUAACUAAUUAAUACCAAUACAAUGGACAAGUAUGACAGAGCCGCUCAGCAUAUUAAAGAGUCCUUAAACACUAAAAACCUUGCCGAAUGUCUAUCACAAACCGGUCGUUUUUCAUAUUGUGCCUUAUGUGCAACUUCAUUAAGCUGCCUGUAUAAAUAUCCUCUAAAUGUAGAUUUUAAAUUGGACUGUUUACGUGUACUAUGCAAUCAUUUGAAACUAAUGUUACAACUACCCACUAUGCGAGAGAUGGCAAAUUGUGAACUUCCCUUAGAUGCCAAAGUAUAUGUUAGAGCUCUUAAAAAAGAAGAAGUACUGAAAGAAGGCAUGAUGAUAAUUGUACAAGACCUUCUUUUGCUGGCUAUUUCAAAUGGUACCUAUGAUGCUCGUUGGAGAGUCCUUAUACUAUAUGUUACUCGUGUAUUUGAUCUUGAUAUAAAUACAGUAGAUAAUUUUGAGUUAAAUGUUGUAAACUGUUUAUCAAAUCUUUUGCCAGUACAAACUGAACAAGAACAAGCUGAUGCUGCUCGUCGUAUUCGUGUAUCAAAGACUAAACGUUUUGCAUUGAUUGGAUUAGCAUCAGUUGGUGGUGGAAUUCUCCUUGGUUUAACUGGUGGGUUAGCUGCUCCUCUUAUUGGCACAGGACUAUCUAGUGUCUUAGGAACAUCUAUUGUUGGAGCUAUAGGAUCAGUGGGUGGUACAGCUAUUGUUGGAUCACUUUUUGGUGUGGCAGGAGCAAGUUUAACUGGAUAUAAAAUGCAUAAAAGAGUUGGCGACAUAGAAGAGUUUCAAUUUCGUAAAUUGUCUACAGACAUAGAAACUGGAGAUAUUCACUUACAUAUUACUAUUGUUAUAUCUGGAUGGUUAAAUGAUGAUAAAGAAACCAGCUAUAGUAAACCCUGGGAAUAUCUUCGAGACAGCCCAGAACAGUAUUAUCUACGAUACGAAUCUUCUUAUCUGUUGGAGUUUGGAAAAGCUAUGGAAUACUUCUUUAGUUUUGCUGUAUCUGUAGCAGUUCAAGAAUCCCUGAAGUAUACUGUACUCUCAGGCCUGAUGGCAGCUAUUGCAUGGCCUGCUGGAAUUCUAGGAUUGGCCUCUGUCAUUGAUAAUCCAUGGGGUGUGUGCUGUCGACGCUCAGCACAAGUUGGAAAACAAUUAGCUGAAACUCUACUUACACAUAGUCAUGGUAAUCGUCCAGUUACAUUGAUUGGUUAUAGCCUUGGAGCUCGAGUUAUCUAUUAUUGUCUACGAGAAAUGUCUCAAAGAGAAAAAUGUCAAGGUAUUGUCCAAGAUGCUAUCUUAAUAGGCACUCCGUGUACUAGAAAUUCUUCAGACUGGAAUAAAAUUAGCGAAAUUGUGGCUGGAAGAGUUGUGAAUGCAUAUUGCAGAAGUGAUUGGUUUCUGAAAUUCUUGUAUAGAACACUUUCUAUGCAUGCAGGAGUUGCUGGUCUUCAAGCUAUUCAAUCAGUUAAUGAUAGAAUAGAAAAUAUUGAUUUGACUGAUAUUGUUUCAGGACAUUUUGAAUAUCCACAAAAACUAACAGAAAUUUUAAUGUACAUUGGAGUUAAUGUAGAUGAAUCGGCAAGAAUAAAAUUAAUUACUACACAAUCUGUGCCAGAAAAAAUGUGUGAAAGUUUGAAAAUAAAUGAUGAUUAUACUGUCAAAAAAUCAAAAUCUGUAAUCGACCUCACAACUAUUGACACCAAAAAAAAUGAGACAUAAUGAUUGUUUUGUCUGCUAUUAACACAUUGAGCUUAUUUCUGCAAUUCAAUAUAUCAUAUUAAGUACUGUAUUAACUAUUUAUAUAUACAUAUUAUAUACUAUUAUUAUAUAUAUUUAAUUAUUAUACUGGAAAUUUAAAGCUAUGAAAAUAAUUUAUAGUAACAGUGCUUAAAAAAUUAUUCAAAUUAAUUAAUGAGUUGAAAUUUAUUUUGGCAUAAACCAAAAACUAUUGAAACUUAUUAUUUUAAAGGAGCUUAUUCUUAAAAUUUUAAUUUUUUUCACAAACACAUUAUUUUUUUUAUAAAUUUGUUUGAUAAAAUAAUUUUUUAUAAAAUAUUUUCUUAUAAAUAUGUUCCAUGAAAUAAGUAUCAGAACAUAAUAUUAUUUAUAACAAUUUUAUCCAUAAACGUGGAAAUAGAUAGAAAAGAUAAGGCGAUUAAAAUUAAAAUUAAAAUUAAUUAACUUUCAGUGUUCCUAUUAGUAUUAAAAAAACGCAUUCCAAAGAUUGAACAUCUCUCUUUUUUAAAUUUAUUCUUUAAAUAUAUUAUCUUAAUUGUGGUAUUAUGAUAAAAUAUUGUUAAAUACAAUAACACACACAUACACAAACUUAUGUUUAAUUAAAAUCAGUGCCUUAUUUGAUUGGGAUAAGGGAGGGAGUAACAGAUUAUUUAUAAUAUUAUUUAAUAAUAGUUGUUAUCUUUAUUGUUUUUGGGCCCUUACAUCCUAGUUCGAGCACUAAUUAUUACCAAUAAUUAGAUUAAAUUCAAAUUUUUUAUGAUUCACACAGAUAAAUUAAUCUGUCCUGUUUAAUUUAGUUAGGUACUGUAUUGAUUAAUUUUUAAUAAAUUACUUCGGAAGAUUAAGAAAAUAUAUCUUUCCCCCUUAUACUUCUUUUUUUAAAAUAGGUAUAGUUGUGGUUUUCCAUUUAUCAUUUUAUCAGUUGAUAAUAAAAUUCUUGGACGAUUGGCAUAAUGGAGUUAGUCUAUGAUUGGCAUUGACAAUUUAAAUCAUGUUUCCCCCACCCCUCAAAGAAAUUGUUAAUACACCACUGAAAACCAUAAUAGAGAAUAUUUGUUUGUUAUUUCAUUAGUUUACUAUAAUGUAUUUUUGUUCAAAAUUAUAGCUAAAAACCUAUUUUUUUAAAUACGUAGAGGAAAUAAGCAAUUUUUUGCAUUCUCACCCAAUUUGAAAUAUGUCACAUUAUUUUAUCAAUUAUUGUUUUUAUAAUAUUUUAUAUUAUUUGAAAUGUUAAUUUUUGAUUUAACAUUAAUAAAUUAAAUGUUUAUAUUAAUUAAUUAUAAUAAUGUUGUGUAUUAAUAUUUGUGAUAUAAAAAAGUAAUUAUUAACAAAGUUAUAAUUUAUUUAGCUUGAAUGUACUUAUCAAUUUUUUUUUAAACAAGAAGUAUAAUUAAAAAUUUUGGGAACAUAAUGUAUUUUUAAAUUAAUUAUUUUACUUGUUUUCUUUGUGUAUAUAUUUUU